GGGCUCUUAUACUAUUGCCAUGCAGCUUAAAGUUUUCACUCAUUCGGCGCAGAGCGCGCCCGCGUUACUAAGGGACGGUGUGACGGUGUCGAGCAGGCGCGUUCAACAACGAUUUUCCGCGGUCGUGGACGGGGAGACGGCGGUGCAAGCCAACAAACACACACACACACACAUAAACGCACACGGAUGCGUGAAAGCUAAAAUACGCAACACUACUCCACUGCGACAUCCCUCCCAACUUWAGCGCUAGUGCAUCCACCUACAUUAUAUUAUACCACUGCCACCACCGCCGCCACCGCAAUAUCCGGCUUUGACGUGGUGCUCGUUGUACGUCCGCGGCCCGCUGCAGAUUUGACGCCGUCCGUUCUGAUGAACAUCAUGCUGAUACUGCAACGAACGGGAAAAUAAUCGAACAUCGUACUGCAGUGAAUAGAGUGGUCCCGGUCGGGGAGACCGCGACAUCGCCCGCGCAAAACUACCGCAUAAUCGGCCAAUGGCGCCCAGGGACAACCAAGAGCUGGUGCCGCUUACAGACGGCAGCGGCCGCCCGAACGAUGGCGACGAACUGGAGAGCCAACGGCCGCAGAAGAGAACGGCCGCCACGUGUCUAGACGACGGCGUUGGCUGCGGGGGAAAGGGGCAGUUGCAUCAGGCGCCGACGAACGAUGACAUGAAGACGUCCAUGCUUGCCUGUCAUCAGGUCAUCGGACUUGGCACGCUUUGGAGAUUCCCCUAUGUGUGCCUCAAGUACGGCGGUGGUACAUUUUUAAUACCAUACAUGAUCGUUAUGUGCUUUGUGGGUUAUCCAUUACUUAUUAUGGAAAUCGGUAUCGGUCAAAAAUUGAGACACAAUAGCAUAACAAUAUGGACUACAAUUAAUCCUCAAUUGGGUGGUAUCGGCAUAGUUAUGUGCUUAGUUAAUAUUGCUAUGGCUUGCUACUACGGAACUAUCAUAAAUUGGGGAACUAAAUAUAUGAUCGAUAUGAAUAAGUUUCCAGACUUAUGGCCUCCACAUGGUCAACCAUCUAUUGAUCCCAAAAGAUCACAAACAUUCUGGCACAAAACUGUAUUAAACCUAACAAGUUCUAUGGAUGAAACAAGUAAUAUACAAACGGGCCAAGCAUUUUCGUUGUUUUUUACAUGGAUCUCUAUAGCUUUAAUGCUGGCAGCCGCUUGGCUUACAAGUAAAAACAAGUAUAUACAAGCGUUCAUUAAUUUUUCCAAUUCAAUGUUUCAAAGUUUACCGUUUUAUAUUCAAAUUAUGACAUGUGCAAUUCCACCAUUUUUGUUGGUUGUUGUGUACAUUGUAGAAUCAGGUUAUGGAUAUAUUAGCUUCUUGUAUAUCACGUCUGUAGAGUUAAAAGACUUGUUGGUUUUCCCGAUCUGGGUUGACGCAGUCAUCCAAGUAUUUUGUUCGUUGGGAUUAGUGCAUGGUCCGUGGACAUCUUUUGGUUCAUUUUCUAAACGUAAAAGCAAUUUUCUGUUGACUGCUACUGUGGUGGUAUCUUUCAGUUUCAUUUUAGUCUUUGUGUGGACUUGGUUUAUAGUUUCCACAAUAAUACCAAAUGUUUUACAAGACAUUAAAAAUUGCGUAAUCGGAUCAGCUUAUAAGUGGGAUAAUUCUAAAGACAUGCCAGCGCACGUGUUUUACAGUAAUAAUUAUGAUUAUUACAYYAGUAGUAAUAAGGUGAACAAAAUAUUAAUUAUAGGUAUACUUUGUACAAUAUGUUGUAUCUGUGGAUUGGUAUUUACUACUAGAACGGGUGUAUAUUGGCUCUCAUUAUACACUGAAGUUUUUAUAAAUCCAUGUUUGACGGUGUUAGCCCUUUGUGAGGUUCUAAUUAUUGUCUUCAUUUAUGGAUACAAACAAUUCUUACUUGAUAUAUAUGAUAUGACUGGACAUACGAUUGGUCGUCUUUCUAUAUUCAUUUGGAGACAUGUUACUCCAAUGUUGCUGAUAUUAACAUUCUCAUCUAUCUUGACGGUCGGUAUUUUAGAUGGCUUCAGAUAUGAAGUUUGGACACAUAGAAGUAAUUUCUUGACAAAAAUGAGGUAUCCAUACUGGGCUCAACUAAUAGUUUGGGCGAUUACAGCUAUGUGUCUUCUAUUAAUAUUGGCAUUCUGCAUAGUGGAUUGUCGGCAAAACUUGACUUUCAAAUUUUUAGAAUCCCUGAAUAAAGCAAAAAAAACUACUAGUGGACAUAUCAAGCGGUCAGACUCGGGGUUGUCUGGAAAAGGCAUUAUCACAGAGAUUGAUUUUGACGAUUGUCACGAUUCAGAGAAUGACGAAGAGCUGGAUACUUCACUAGCCCAAGCCCCAGUGCGUAUGUAUAAAAUUGAGGUUCUUGACUCUUGGAAAUCUGCAAGAGGUCAAGUUUACCUUUAACACAUUUCAUGAAGUUAUACUUAUGUUUUAAUUUUUUGUAAUUUKUGUGUAUAGUUAUCAUUUAUACCAUGAUUACAUAUUUAUGUAUCAAUGUGAUUUAAACUAUUCAUUUAUAUAAAUAGUUAUGAAUAUAAUUUCAAAGUAAAUGUAUUUAUGCAUUGGUAUACUAACUAUAAACAAUAUAUAUCUAUAUACGUUUAGCGAAUUCAGUAUCAAUAUCAUUUGUUUUCCAAAAUUUCUGAAAAAGCUCUUCACGGUUAAUCUUCAUAUAACAUAUAUAAUAUUAUAUGAACGUUGACCACAAUGUGCAAUUUCCAUUAAAACAGUAGGAUAAAAGUCAAGUUGUUUAGACCAAAUCAUUAUAGCAGUAUAGUUCUACGAAAAGAAUAUUUGUUUCUGUGACUACGUCUAUGUCAUACUCGUGUAUGUACCUACUUACAUUUUUGAACAAAUGUAUUAAAGUAUCAAAUAAUAUUAUAAUUGAAGCACCUGUGAACUGCCUGCAGCUAUUAGCAAGAUAGAACAAUGAUUUAUGAAGAAGCAAAUGUAUUGCUCACCUAAAUCUACCAUUUACUGUAAUACAAUACCUUACAAAUUACUUCAAAAUGAGUAAAYCAUAAGAGUUGUGAAGAUUAAUUAAUUUAAAGAAAUAUAACAUGGAUUAAUAAAUAUACUUAAUUGUAAUAACAUGAAAUUAUUAUACAUCAUAAUAUGGGCGCCAGUUAAAAUCGCGAAAAAACACAAUAUAAUCUCAAAAAUAAUAACAAGCAAUUCCAUACAUUCCUGAAUAACCUAUUUUGUAUACAACUUAAGACAUUACUAUUCAAAAUAAGGUUUUCAUGUACUUAMAUUUUAAGAAUAUAUUUGAUUAUGUAAAGACCACACUAUAGAGUAUAGAUUAUAACAAUUAUACUGUUCACAUAACUAAACUUUAAGACAAAUAUGCAUGGAAUGUUUAAAUUAUUAAAUCUACACUGAAUAGUGAAUUCGCCAAUUUUUAUUGUCAUAGUAAUAAAAGUAUAAUAAAAUAUAAUUAUAUUAAUAUCAAACGUCAAACAGUGCUCAAUACAUUAGGUUUUUAAAUUUGAUCAAUUCGUAAGCUUGAAUUUAUUAGUGUACAAUCUUCAUUGAUUGGGCCAUUGGGGACUUGCAAUAAAAUUCGAAAGGAAAAAAAUAUUGUUGUGUUGUAUUCCUUGAUAUAAUUUGUUCCUAGCUCAAACGCAUAAUUUAUGCUAAUAAGAUAUGAAUAUAUUUAUUUAUUUUUACUUAUGUGUAAUUUAAUAUGAAAAAUUAAAUAUGGUGCCCAUAUCACUU